UACGCUGGUUCAUGCAAAUUCUGCAACUAGAUGAGCAAAACAUCACACUUUUAAAUUAUUGAAUAUUCCAAAAAAUGCAUGCAUAUUGACAUGAUUUAUUUAGGUUGCAAUACAUGUAUAUUAUGGCAGUGAGUCUGAAGUUAAAAUAUCUGUUCGGUGGGAAUGAUGAGAAAGUUGUCUCGGAAGUGUCUGCUGUUAAAUUGCAAAUGAUGUGGUUUGCUGUAGCUCAUGAGCUACUACUUUUCACAAGUAAAUUUACAGAUUGAGUGUACAAAUAUAAAUUGUAGGUUCGUGUAAUUAAUCCAUUAAGGACAUUUUUUCGACAUUGGAUUGAACUGAGCAGUGUGAAUGCUGAAUAUCAGAUGAGCAUGCAAUAACCACAGAAUCUUCCAAAUGAAGAGUGAAGCUCAGACAUCAGAGUUACUGAUGAUCAUAAGAUCAUUUUUACGUUUUAUGUAGACUCUACUCAGGAAUUGUGCUUGCGACUUGCAUUUUAUUGCAUGUGGUAUUUCUUAAGCAGCGCUUGUUGGAAGUUCAAUGUCGUUUAAUGCAUACUGAUUUAAUAACGUAGCACAAAUAAAGAUUUGCGGGAAAAUUAUAUCUGACCUGCUGUCAAUCCGCAUAGAGCAUAACCAAGUACAAGGUCAUCUAGAUUCUAGAACAACUAAGUGUAUUUUGUGACAUACAUGUAAACAUGUAUAAUGCAUUUUUGUAUCUAUGACAGGGUUCAUUUCAUGUCAUGAAAUGCUGAUAUGGCUUGACACAAUACAUAUCUAUAGUGACUAACCACAUUAUGACCACUACCAAGGUAAUAAUGAUCAUCUUUGAUUCGAACUGUAUUCAAUGUUAUUUUGGAUAUAUUUUGCAGUGGUAUAUGUGCUGCAUCGGAAUGUGAGCUGUGCCAAGUAGGCUAUUUUGUUGACGUCAAUUAGGUAAAAUAAGAUGCUAGAAUAUUAUAUUUACCGAAUGUAUUAUUCGUCAUACAUAAUAAAGUAAUGUAUUCAAAAUAGAUUUUAACAGUCUUUAUUUAUAACAUGUGUGUUGGACGUCUCAACAGCUGCAUUUGACUUCCGGUCACAUGUCUGAAACACCGGAAGUUACACAUGCUAGCCAGCGAUAUUGAUCAUACAAAAAAUGUGAUUCUCUGUAUUUUAUUCGUCGUGUUUCUUGUACAGUUACCUUUAAGUAAAGUAGACAGUAUAAAUUAAGUCGAGUUUGUGAAAAUUGAUGGACAAAGACAAGAGUAGCGACACUCCUGACCAAAGCAAUUGGAUGGAGAUGCACCAGUUUAUCGGCGACCUCCUGAUGUCUGGGAGCUCCUCAAAGGAGCAGCCCGACAUCAUGAACAUGUGGAGCUUGUUAAGUGGGGACACACUCCAACAAGCCCGACCGAUGCACGACAAGACCGAGGCGGCGCUGAGGAAAAACACUGCCAGAGACGAUAUGCGCCAUGUCUGCACCUGCCCUGGCUGCCCUUUCUCAUCUCCCAGAGCCUCGUCUUUACUUCCAUGCUCGGAGGCUCGAAAAGAGCAAGGCCCCUCCUCCGCCUCCACCUCCACCAGUGCUCCUCUCCCACUGAGUUCGCAUGACAGCUGCCCUGAACCUGGCAGCUCAUCUGAGAGCAGGCCAAACCCGGAAACUCCGCCAUGCCGACUGUCCUCCUUGAGCCAGCUAGCCUCCGUAUUUCCUUGCUCCGCCUUCUGCCACACGCACCACCACUUCCACCACCGCCACUGCCCUAUAAGCACGUGCCUGGCAUACCCACAAUCUCCCUUCCCCUGCCUGGCAUCUUUGCAGGCCCGCCUGCACCACCGCGCGCCAGAGGAACGCAGCCGCCCGCCGACGGCCCCCUUGCCACACCUCUGCAUGCACUGCCCGGCGUCCUUCUCCAGACCCUCGCAGCUGCUGCAGCACCAGCGUGCCGAGCACGCCCAGAAGUCUUCCGGCUUCCUGUGCACGCAGUGUGGACGCACCUUCAACUCGCAUAGCAACCUACGUAUCCACCUCCAUGUGCACACUGGCGCCCGGCCAUACGCCUGCUCUGAGUGUGGCAAGGGAUUCAGCCAGUCGGGCGCUCUAAAGAUCCACAAACGAAUCCAUACGGGUGAGAGACCGUACUCCUGUGGCUUCUGCGGGAGGGGUUUUCCCCACCUGGCAGGAGUCCGAGCUCAUCAGAGGAUCCACACAGGGGAGAAACCUUACCGCUGCAGCCAGUGCGGCAAGUGCUUUACCCAAUCCGGAGCCCUCAAGAUUCACAUACGCAUCCACACCGGCGAGCGGCCGUUCAUCUGUAACAUCUGUGGAAAAGCCUUCUCCAACCGCUCGGGCAUCCGCUUCCACAACCAAACCGUCCACGGUCUGGCCCCGGAGCAGGCAGGGCCCACGGGGGUGACGCUCGGGCGUCCUCGCGCUUAUCCACCCGCUAAUCUGAACACUCCUCACAGCCCUGACGGCAAUGCUCCGUCGCAAACUGGCAGUCUCUCUGGAUUCGCACUGCUUGGUGGGAACGCUGGCAAGGGUCCGACGGAGGGAGAUAGCACAAGGCUGAUUUACGCGUGCGAGGACUGUGGCCUGCGUUUUAAAGAUGCACCUUCACGGAACAGACACCAGACUGUGGCACACUACUCUGCAGAGGAGGGGGCUCCCAAAGAUGGAAGCACAAAUGAGGGUGUCAGUCAUGACAGUGGAGAUUAAGUGUUGCAUUAAAGGUACAACUCCAAAUUGUUGCCAAAUGACAUUUGUUAC